CCGAGAAUCUUGCUGGUUGCGCGUGAGCGACAAUUUCAAAGUCAUUUGAAUAUAUCACUCAUAAACCUAGCAAUCACCUCCCAUGCGGUUCCGAACUAGUAGCUAUGUUUGGCUCUUCCGGUUAAGAAGCUUUGCUGGUAAAGUGCGUGUGUCAGCGAGCCCUCCUGUCCUUCUCGGGCAAACCUUUUCCUCCGGUGUUCCUCUAGUCUUCGCCCGGAAGCUCACGAUGCAGCCCAGCAGAAAUGUUACCCACGGUAACCGUAGCGGAGAGGAGGAUCAGAGCAGAGAACACAAACCAGGGCCGAGGCAAAACAACGGCAGAGACAUGUCUACUCAUCCCGCCGAGGACGUGCCGGGUCCUCCGGCGGAGAAGAAACGAGUCGGAAACGUUCUUCUUGUUAACGAGAGAAACUCGAGAACUCCGAGUCCUCUGCUCGGUGCUGCUUACGGUGAUGACGACUCGGAAGCUGAGUCUUUUCGCAAUGGGAGAAGCGAGGAUGUCGAUCGGGACACAAGGACCAGGGCCUUUUUCUGGUGCAGAGACUUUUUGUCAGGAUCGUGGAAAACUCUUCAAGAGGCAGACUUUCAAAUUAGCAUAGUCAGUGGUGGACUAAGCAACCUACUCUACCUGUGUAGUUUGCCCCAUCAUGUACAAUGUUUGGGGGAAGAACCUCACCAGGUGCUCCUUAGAGUGUAUGGUGCCAUCCUACAGUGCAGGAAAGCAUGA